AUGGCCUCCGCUACUGCUACUGCCACCAUGGCCGCUGCUGGAUUCGACAAGAAAGCCAGAGACUCUUCCUCGUCUCUGCAGACACCAGGAUCUGGGACAUUCCCUUCUGAGAUGCUCAGUCCUAUGGCACCCUCGCCCAGCUUCAUGAAGAGGGAAGAUGCCUUGAAGACUCCAAUCACCCCGCCAUCGGCCUAUCUGGACUUCUUGAAGAACUACAGCUCGACUGGUCUUAUGAGUCCAGCAUCUACUGGCACUAGCAGUCGCUUCAGCUUCAACGAUAAGAGCUUCGACAAGCCUUCCGACAAAGCAUCCGAGAUCCCCAAGUCUACCAUGACACCACCAACAUCGCAACCAGCACUCUCCCGCAACACAUCCUACGACUCUAAUGUCACCGAUCAAAGCACCGCAAGCUCAAAUAGCAGUGCGACUGCACAACUACGACGAGGAUCAAGACCCGACUCGCCACGCAUCAUCAUCCCACCAUCACCGUUCGCAAAGCCCGCACCAAGAUCAGCUCGCACACCCCGGCGACUAGCAAUUCCACAAUCACCAUUCUCACCCGCACUCGGCUCCGCACAGACCACCGCCUCAAUGCCCUCUCCAUACUCAUCAACCCCACUCAGUGCUGCACCGUGGAGUGCAUCGUUCUCACCACGCGAGCACAGCGACGCAAUCAACCAACCCGGCAAGGUCCACGUCCGACAUGUCGUAACACGGACUGUGACCUACUGCCGCACCCCUCUCGUCGAACCUGCACCGCGCGGCAAGAGAAGAAAGCUCGACACCGACGAGGCCGACUCGAAAGCUUCGUCACAUAAAGCUUCCUCGGAAGAACCGCCUAUCAAGCAGGAACGGAUAGAAGAGGUUGCGACAGAGUCGUCGGCCUCGGAAGCGUAG